AGGUCCUCCUCGUACAACACAAAUGCCCCCGAUAUUUUGUCGUUUAGUUUUUUCGAAAAUAUUCAAAACAACUCUAGCGCAAUGACGGUGAGGCUCUCGUUUGAUCGUGGUCGCCUCGGUCCAGUAUCGUUGUCGCACAUGAGGUUGCAGCAAGCGAGAGACAUGAUUCAAUAUCGUGCUUUGUUUUCCUUUUCCACCAAUCGAAUUCGAUUUCGUUUCGGUUACCAAUAGAUUGAUAGAAGCCGCGUAGAAGCAGGAUAUUGGUGGCACUGUUGGUGUAUCCCAUGUACUCAAAAAUUUUUUUGGCAUUGUUUGCAUGGAAAUCAAGCGCAUUACAAGAAGAUGAAAUUUAUGAUAGCAACGUAUUUGUUGGCAAUCAGAAACUACACGUUAUUGCUAAAUAUGCUGAUCACUCGCAAUAACAAUAUGAAAGAGACAGUAGAUCGAGUUCCACUUCCAUGUGGGGUUUGCGUUUGGGAUGACAUUGGCAAAACAAACAUACGAUCAUAAAAUCGACGCGAAAAAUUAGAAUUCAUGAUCAUGAAGAUCCCACAUAAUAUUCUUUCAAGCAACGAACUUAAACGAAUGCAAAAAAAUCCAACGUUGACAAAAAUAAAAUGUGGCUCCUUGUCAUUUCUGUUUGGUAGGGUGAAAAUCAUAUGACCUGGUCAGGGAACUACAACACGAAGAUGAAAUGUUUGAGUCCAAAAGUCGCAAUCAACAAUUUUGGCAGGGAUACAUUAAUUUUGUUUUGUGUGCGGCAUGACUGCGGAAAUGCUCACCGCACCAUUUGAUUUUCGUAGCAUGCGGAAAUAUCGCUAUCGCAGGAUCUGAGGCCGCCGACCCUGGGUCGACGGCUUUAGAGCAUGUAGACAGUUCUUGUAUACCUAGGCAUGAAACAACCAUGAAUAUCAGAAGAAUCUUGAAUUACACGAUUAUAUUAAUGACACAAAGUAUGGGUGAACUUUUGGAAGGUAGGAGAAGACGAAGAGUAUAAUUCUAAAGCUCAGAUUCAUAGCACGACAACGACAGAAAAAUUACUAUACGACAUCUUGACAACUGCAACUCCAUGUAGCAGGGUACUUUUUUUUUCGGUUGAUCGUUGCUGCGGCCUGUUUUGAGUGUGUUUCCUUGAUCCGGAAGCAUAACUCUUGUACUUGUAAAAAAGCAGGACUGUGAAACUUGAUGCAACAUCGCCACGAGCUUCCGUCUCGCCCCCCUACCUUCUCCAUCCGACGGCCCCCGGCCGGCGAGGAUAGUACUCCGAGAACCGCUCGGUCUGCCGCUACAGCAACGUCUCAUAGAGGACGUGGUAGAGUAGACGAAGUAGAGGACUUCUAUCGCAGCAAGAACCACCAUCGGGAUCGCGACCAUCGGGCCGCUCGCGCCUUCAACGACGAACGCAUCCAUAGUACUACUGCAAGAACCUCUACUACUCCACCACGACCUGCCCUGGUCCUCGUGGGCAACAGCCGAGGAUUGGAGCGUUCCCGCAGCCGUAACGGAGACAGAGAACAACCUCGCCAACAUCACCGGCGACGCUCUACUGCCGAUCCCACCGCAUCCUACAUCAACCGCAAGAACUUUUCGCAAAUAGAGUCACCCAGAAAUAACCACCACGGCGAAGAAGAAGCAGAACAUCUCCCUUGUUCAUCCACAAAGACCACGACCCGAGCAAUCAAUUAUAGCCAGAAGGCUGCUGCUCGACGAGGAGAUCUUCAUAGUACACCAGGUCGUACUACUAGCGCACAGAACACUUCUAGACUUGUUCUUGUACCAAGGUCAACUACCUCUGCGAAAGACAAACGGGAGGACAACAAAACGAGAACAAGGGAGAAAAAUAAAGGAGACAACAUGGGUAAGAGUGAGGAGCCGGUGUAUCAGCGCGGCGACUACUUGCAGGUCGGCAGCUCGUCGGGCGGCAGCUCCUCCUCGAGUUCCGCCUCGGGCACGGUGCAGUCGCCGCGGUACCGGGUAGAGCAGCUCGUGGGGCAUGGCGCAUUCGCCGAACUCUACAACGUGUACGACGAACGCUCGCGGUGCAACUACGCCGUGAAGGUGGAGAAGAGCCGGGCGGACGGGAACAGUAAACUGGAAAAGGAAUCGCAAAUCCAGCGCGAUCUGCACAAAGCGCUAAACUCGCAGGCAGAGUACGAAAAGUCGAAAAGGUAUAAUAGUACAUAGACGCGGCAACAUAUUCUUGCUUCUACUUAAGUAUACCUAUUCCUUUUCAUUCGGACCUGGAUUAGUAAGAUAUACGAAAGGGGAUGUCAGUGUCAAUCUGAAUGUCGAAGUUGUCAUACUGGUGUCGAGAGAAUUAGAAAGACGCAAGAAAAAGCAGUCCACGACUUCGUACAGAGUUUGAUUGACGAAGCAAAGUCAUUGAUGAACACUACCACAGAAUCUACGUUCCCCGAUGGCACGGAUUUCACACGACCGACAGUGGGCCGUACAUGGUGCUGGACCUUCUGGGACGCGACCUCUCCAAGGUACGCAAGACCGUAUCCCGGCAUAAGCUGUCCAUCAGCAGUGUGGGCUACCUCGGAGAGCAGCUGAUCCGGAUUUUGGAGAAGGUCCACGAUCAGGGCAUCGUUCAUCGUGACAUCAAGCCACAGAAUUGUACUUUCUAGUAGCUUGUUUUUGAAUCGAGUAAGAUGAGUACGCUGGUGUUGAUUAUGCGCAUGCCGCAUAAUUUCAAUUUGCAUUCGUGUGAUAUUGAUUCUUCGAAGACCUUGUUUCAGAGGAAAACGAGUACGCGUAGACGAGGAUGCAUGUAUGAUCUCUUGAUGUUCAAAGGUGAUUCGUGAAUUUCAUCUGCGUCUGCUCCGUGACAGAGAAUUUUAUUCGCAUUUUGAUAAAUUCAAAAUUACAUCUCAGGUAUGCUUGGCAACUGUCAAACAACGAAAUUGAACCUCCACCUUGUCGAUUUCGGUCUCGCGCGGGAAGAUUUUUUCGAAGACAAAGUGCACGCAAAACCUGCCACCGGUGUGUCGUUUCGUGGCACCGCCGCCUAUGCGUCUUUGCGGUCCUUGGAGAACGUGGAACAAGGAAAGCGGGAUGACAUCGAAGGCGUGUUUUGGGUAAGAUUUUUUAUUUUGCUCCGCAGAAGUGGUGUAUGUUUGUCGCGCCGGCGCAAAGAACAUAUGCGAAGCUAUUUUACAGAUAAUAUGCACGGAAAUUUGAAUUAUAAUUUAUCAUCAUUAUCAUCAUCCGUUUCACACUUCGUGGCUAUCAAUGAAAUUAUUGAAUGUUUCACAGGUUUUCACGGACUUGUUGUGGGGCGGUCUGCCUUGGAGAAGGUUGAACCUUGGAAAGAGCAAGGAGCGGGAUCAGAAAAUCCGGUCCGGAAAACAAAUGAUCUUUGACGCGCUCGAAGACUGGGACGAUGGUAUUGAAACAUCAAUUCUCGUUCGUAUCAUUUUCAUCUCGACCUUGUUAUUAUAGCUUGUUUUGGAUCCGUGGUCUAGGUUUCAGUUGUCUGCAGCUUCUACUGUACUUACUGAAUAAUUCAAUUUUAGUGGUGGAGUUGCCAUUUUUCAAUCACUUUGAUUUGAAUUCAUCUUAGGUCGCCUCCAUCUGAAGCUGAAAGCGCAUCGAGAGGGCGUCUACUCGGGUCCGAUCGACGAGCAUGGGGAUUUUUGUCAGACCAGCAGCAACGAUGGCGGGUCUCUGAUUGAAGCCCUUCCCGAGCCCAUGGUCGAAUACUGCCGAGAAAUGCGCAGUUUGGGCUUCAACGAGAAACCAGACUACAGCUUCUUCGCCGGCUGCUUCGAGAGGCUGAAAACUUUGGGUAUGAUACGUGAUGUCUCAGAUCAACAUUAAAAUACAAAAAGAAUUUGACUCUUUGCUGCAUGAUUUUUGCUGAUCAUACAUGUGUUAUCACCAGCCACGCAUCUACUUCUGUGCAUCAAACUAACGCGGUUACAACUUCUCCGCGCAAGCGCGCGCAUUGGUUUCUUUUUUUGGUUGUACUAACUUCUAGUGCGGAAAAAUUUGCGGAGAAAGUGAACGUCGCAUGAUCUGUCCCCACAGGCGACCGCAAUGGGAAUUUGCGCAAGAAGUUCGAGGCCCGGACGCUUCGGGAGGCCAUAUCCAAGGAGAUUUACGCGCAUCACCACGCGGACCAGAACUUCAAUCGGCUCACCUCGAUGGCCCCCAUCAACAACAGCUUGCUGCAGCAGGUCCCGAACACGGCCCCCGUGUCCCGGAAGCGUACUCGCCCGGGGGACCACGAAGAAAACGAGAUCGACGAGGAGGUUUUUCCUGCGGCCGUCCGACAAAAAAGGAGCAGCCAGAAUCACGCCGCGGACCUCCAGGAAAUUCUCGCGCAGCAGAGGAGUAAAAGGACCUCCCGGAUGAUCGAGGAGGAGUUGCAGCGCGGUGGCAACAACCCGGUUCUCCCCAUUGAUCCCGCGAGCGACCGCGUCGGGAACACGAUUUACCCCAACAACAGCUAUACAGGACCGGACAGCGGAUUUAUCCCCCCGCCGGCUGCGAAGCGCGCGUACCUGCAGGCCCACCCAACGAACACCAGCAUGGCGAAUGGCGGCUCGAGCUGCAGCAGCGGCGGCGGGCUGACGAGUCAGGCCGUAGAGUCCGUACGGCCGACCAGCAGUGCGGACGGUGGAACCGCAACCGCCCCGCAGCGACAACCGAACCAGCUCACCCGGACGCAGCGUGUCAACACCAUGGAGCCCGAAGAGCUCGAAGAGCUGAACCGCGGGCGGGGACGUACUACUGUCGCUGGUGACGGCACCACGCGGCCUCAGUCCGGCCGGAGUGGGCCGAAUCGAAGCGGGAACGCGGCGCGGCGCUCAAGUCCCCCGCGCGACGGCGACGCAACUACCCGCGCAACGGGUGGUGCGACCAAUGCGCGGACCGGGUCGGCGAAAAACGACAAUCGGCGAAAUAACUCCCGCAACGCGCCUGAGCAGGCCCCCAACUCCAGCCGCAGCAGCGCGCCGCAGAACAGUCGGGGGGGCAAUAACACGCGCGGAAACGGGCGUGGUGGAUCCUCACGGCCCACCAGCAGUCGGCAACCGCGGAGCGGACGCUAGUUCGUCGUAGCGCAAAUACGACGAGUGGGUCUCCCAAAAAUCUAAAAUCAUUGAGCGACAACUAAAAUCUUACUUCUUACUUACUUGUUCAACUGUACAUCUUCAACGCUAACCUUUCCAAAUAAACCAAGACGAAGUGAUAAGAUACGCGACAACAUUGACGCAAAAAGACGAACCGCAUGAUCUCAAAAUAUCAAAAAACAUAUAGAAGUCAUUCCAAGCGCAUUGUGCUAGUAUCGUUUUCUUGUAUCAACUAACUAACAACUUAUACUGAAAUUUGCAGCUGCAGAAACGUCCUUCAAAGAGCACCUGUACGAAGCAACGCAAGAGAGCUGCGGGAAGAAGUCGUCUAUUAAAUGAACAAUCAGUCACUGCUACCUAGCAUCGACAAUGCAGUAAUAUACAGUUUCUGACCUCAGUGACGAGAGCGUCGAAACAACGUAGAAGGAGAAUUUGGAACGCCCGACAAUCUAUCAAGCGAUAAUUGUAUGCAAAAUCGGACUAAGAGCUGGCAGUCACACAAUUUCUGAUUUUUUGCGACGUAGAGCGGUGGGUGCUAGGGCUUUUCCUCCAUUGAGUAUCAGGCUUUCUUACACGACGACUAUCCCACUGCUAGGACAAAGACCAUUUAAGAAUAAGACGUAGUUCGCGUGCCCGAUUGUAUAGUUGAAGAUGUAUUGUAUUUAUGUAAACCCCCGGCGUCACUCCUCCCCUUCCCUACCCAAAACUAAUUCUUACGGAAGUUUUCUGAAAAAUAUCGAGAUCCACCGCUUGUACAUUCAAGUCGAAACUCGCUUUAUUAAUUUCACUCUUCACUGGCGACGCGAGAAUCUUUCAAGAGCGGAAGAAAUGAACGAAUUUACGCUAAGCAUGUACACUUUUUGUACGGAAUGAAAAAUGUCAAUUUUAUGCCAUCUGCAAGUGUCGAUUUGUUCGCAUAUUUUCUGAGUUUGAGGGAACUAAAACUUCAUCAACCUCCAGUUCUUUUUAUAGCGUUUUUCGUCUGUACCGCUGUUCGACUUUGAUUGUGUAGAAGUAUAGUUGACCGGGCUCGGUUCUCGUCUUUACGUUUGCUCUUCUUUACAACUCACAGUUUUCUCACAGCGUAAGCGUAUGCGUAUGGUGUAUUUUCGUCGCGUUCUUUCUGCUCAGGUCGCGUGAUUGAUGUCCGACCAAGAAAUUUUUCAAAAUGAUGAAAAAUCCUCCUGCAUUUGAAGGUAUGGCAAUGAUUCUCAAUAGGUGUACUGUACAUUCUUGUUUUGCUCGCUAAAAACAGCAGUAUCAAUACAGCGAACCUGUUGCAGUCUUUGUACGUAAGAAACGCAAUCAUGACAGCCUGAAACAAACAGCGUGUGCAUUUUUUGUGUCACUAGAUAACAAAAAAAUAUCGUGAGACACACAAGAAAAGCCGGCACGCAAAAGCUUCUUCCGAAAAGGAAUCUUGAAAUAACUCCAGGCUGUCUUGUAUCUGCACUUAUUAUCUUCCUCCAAAACGAAUUAAUACGAAUCCUCCCCACCUUACAAUUACUCCACAAAAAUGCCGUCGCCGAUCAGGUGUGAACAUGAAAAAAAAGAAAAGAAGUCAGUUUCAAUUUGCCACUAUUGCUCGUGCUGGAAGUUGUAGACAGCACGCAUGCACACCCUGUGGUGCGACUUAGG